GGCUUCAUAUGAGGUGAGGGGCGGCGUCUCUACACUAACCAUCUAUGUCUCACCGAUGUAAAUAAUGACCGAGGAGGUGGAGCCCAUGCCUACUUCCCCGGCAGAGUCCCUGGACCUGGAGAAGUUCAGGAAGGUCGUGCGGAGUGCCAUCGAGAGGCACCACUACCGCACGGCAAUGUUCUGGGCAGACAAGGUGGUGAGUCUGAGUGGCGGUGCUGCGGCUGACGUGUACUGGCUGGCACAAACUUAUUACCUCACCAAGCAGUACCAUCGUGCCAUUGUCCUCCUCACCACUCACAAGCUGCUCCGGAACCUGACAUGCCGAUACCUGGUUGCACUGUGCCACUAUGAGGUCGGGGAGUACCCAUCUGCACUCAACAUCCUGGAGCACAACGACAACAACAACAUGUCGCCCAACAAGGUGAAAGGAGAGAUGCUAUCUGUGCCGGAGAUCGAUGACGUCAUGUCGACAACCUGCUCCACCCACCUACUGAAGGGUUACAUCUACGAGGCGACAGACAACAGGGCGCUGGCUGCUGAGAGCUUCCAGGUGGCACUGCAGGCUGACCCCAUGUGUUGUGAGGCCAUUAAUGCACUCACUCAACACCACAUGCUCACUGCCAAGGAGGAGCAAGACCUUUUGAGUUCCGUACAGCUGUCGGGGUGGUGCAGCGAACCAGAGGGGGCCGUGGUUCGCGCUGUGUACCAGACGAGAACCAACAAGUACUGCUCCCCGAACCAGGUCAUCCCACAGCCUAUUGCAGCGCUGGCCACUAAUGCAGACUUCCUCACAGCGCAGGCAGAGAAGCUGUACUAUAACUGCAACUUCUCCCAGUCUUAUCGCCUCACACAGGAGGUGCUGAAGAAGGACCCUUACCACACCGAGUGCCUGCCUAUCCACAUCUCCUGCCUGGUGGAACUCAAGCAGGCUAACACUCUGUUUCUGCUGGCACACAAGCUGGUGGACCUGUACCCUGAGAAUGCCCUUGCCUGGUUUGCUGUGGGCUGCUAUUAUUAUCUCAUAGGUAAGAACGAACAGGCCCGCCGGUACCUGAGCAAGGCCACCACCCUGGACCGCGUGUUUGGGCCAGCCUGGAUUGCGUAUGGCCACUCCUUUGCCGCAGAAAACGAGCACGAUCAGGCCAUGGCAGCGUACUUCAAGGCGGCCCAGCUCAUGAAGGGGUGUCACCUGCCCCUCCUCUACAUUGGCAUGGAAUACGGACUCACCAAUAAUCCAAAGUUUGCCGAGAAGUUUUUCCGAGAGGCAUUGGAGAUCGCGCCGUCUGAUCCCUUCGUUCUUCAUGAGCUGGGGGUGGUCGCCUUCAGUAAUCAGGAGUAUGGUGUAGCGGAGACCUACAUGAGGAAGGCGGUGGGGCUGGUGGAGGAGGGCGGGGUGGCAGUGGCGGUGGUGCCGGAGAAGUGGGCGGCACUGCACAACAACCUGGCACACACCUGUCGCAAGCUGGCCAAGUAUGAGGAGGCCAUCCACUUCCACCAGCAGGCCCUUCGUCUAUGUCCGGGCGUGGCAUCAACUUACUCAGCCCUGGGACUUGUGCAGGCGCUGGUGGGGGACUAUGAGGCGGCUGUGGUGUCCCUGCACAAGGCACUCUCCCUGCACCGUGACCACACCACCGCCACCACCCUCCUCAACACCGUCAUGGAGCAGCUCACGGCACAGAAGCCAACUUUCCAGGGAGACGACAACGUGCCGGCCCUGGACCUGCCCUCAGAGCUGGUGGGGACUGACACCAACACCAGCGACCUCACACCAGCGUCUGCCGAGGAGCCGCUCAGUGACACCAACCUCCUCGGGUCCAGUAUAGGUCAGCCCAUGAUGCACUCGUCAGACGUGGCCGGAGACUCCCUCAGCCACUCAGAGAGCCAGUCCUCGGCACUCAUCAUAGAGGACAUGGUGAUGGACGACCAGAGCCCCUGAGCCACACACCAACGCUAUUAUUAACACCAGUAGAUGCUCACGUUAUCAGUUUAUCCCUCCCCAGUCUUAUUUUUUUAUUCACCCAAUGCAUUCACUCCUCAUGUGUGUUUUAUUCCAAUAUAAACUCCUGAAAAUUC